GGUUGCCCCGGCCCCAGCCCCGGCGGCGGCGGCCGAACUCCGCGGCGGCCCCGAGGCGCCGGCUUCGCCCUCGCCGCCGCGUCCCCCCUGCUCUUCGGCUCCGACAUGGAAGAUGGACCUUCUAAUAAUGCGAGCUGCUUCCGAAGGUUGACGGAGUGUUUCCUGAGCCCCAGUUUGACAGAUGAAAAAGUGAAGGCAUAUCUUUCUCUUCAUCCCCAGGUGUUAGACGAGUUUGUAUCUGAAAGUGUUAGUGCAGAGACUGUAGAAAAAUGGCUGAAGAGGAAAAACAACAAACCAGAAGAUGAAUCGGCUCCUAAGGAAGUCAGCAGGUACCAAGACACGAAUAUGCAGGGAGUUGUAUAUGAACUGAACAGCUACAUAGAACAACGGUUGGAUACAGGAGGAGACAACCAGCUACUCCUCUAUGAAUUGAGUAGCAUCAUUAAAAUAGCCACAAAAGCUGAUGGAUUUGCACUGUAUUUCCUUGGAGAGUGCAAUAAUAGUCUGUGCGUGUUCACUCCACCUGGAAUCAAGGAAGGAAAACCCCGGCUCAUCCCUGCUGGGCCCAUUGCUCAGGGCACCACCAUCUCUGCCUACGUGGCCAAGUCCAGAAAAACGUUGCUAGUGGAAGACAUCCUUGGGGAUGAACGAUUUCCAAGAGGUACUGGACUGGAGUCAGGGACUCGCAUCCAGUCUGUUCUUUGUUUACCGAUCGUCACUGCAAUUGGCGAUUUGAUUGGUAUCCUCGAGCUGUAUCGGCAUUGGGGCAAAGAAGCCUUCUGUAUGAGUCAUCAGGAGGUUGCAACAGCAAAUCUCGCCUGGGCUUCAGUAGCAAUACAUCAGGUGCAGGUGUGCAGAGGCCUUGCUAAACAGACUGAAUUGAAUGACUUCCUACUUGAUGUAUCAAAGACAUAUUUUGAUAACAUAGUUGCAAUAGACUCUCUACUUGAACACAUAAUGGUGUGCAGAGGCCUUGCUAAACAGACUGAAUUGAAUGACUUCCUACUUGAUGUAUCAAAAGAAGUGGACUUGUACACGGGCUACACCACCCGGAAUAUCCUGUGCAUGCCCAUCGUGAGCCGAGGCAGCGUGAUCGGGGUGGUGCAGAUGGUGAACAAAAUAAGCGGCAGUGCCUUCUCGAAAACGGACGAAAACAACUUCAAAAUGUUCGCCGUCUUUUGUGCUCUCGCCUUACACUGUGCCAAUAUGUAUCACAGAAUCCGUCAUUCUGAGUGCAUUUACCGGGUGACGAUGGAGAAGCUGUCCUACCAUAGCAUUUGUACGGCGGAGGAGUGGCAGGGCCUCAUGCAAUUCAACCUCCCCGUGCGCCUCUGCAAGGAAAUCGAAUUAUUCCACUUUGACAUUGGUCCUUUUGAAAACAUGUGGCCUGGAAUUUUUGUGUACAUGGUCCAUCGGUCCUGUGGGACAUCCUGCUUUGAUCUUGAAAAGUUGUGUCGUUUCAUUAUGUCUGUGAAGAAAAACUAUCGGCGGGUUCCUUAUCACAACUGGAAACACGCCGUCACUGUGGCACACUGCAUGUACGCCAUUCUCCAGAACAACCACGGGCUCUUCACCGACCUUGAGCGCAAAGGACUGCUAAUCGCGUGUCUGUGUCAUGACCUGGACCACAGGGGCUUCAGUAAUAGCUACCUGCAGAAGUUCGAUCACCCUCUGGCAGCUCUCUACUCCACUUCGACCAUGGAGCAGCAUCACUUCUCUCAGACCGUGUCCAUCCUCCAGUUGGAAGGGCACAAUAUCUUCUCCACCCUGAGCUCCAGUGAAUACGAACAGGUGCUUGAGAUCAUCCGCAAAGCCAUCAUUGCCACGGACCUUGCUUUAUACUUUGGAAACAGGAAACAGUUGGAAGAGAUGUAUCAGACCGGAUCGCUAAACCUUAAUAAUCAAUCACAUAGAGAUCGUGUCAUUGGUUUGAUGAUGACUGCCUGUGAUCUUUGUUCUGUAACAAAACUAUGGCCUGUUACACAACUGACGGCAAAUGACAUAUAUGCAGAGUUCUGGGCUGAGGGCGAUGAGAUGAAGAAGUUGGGAAUACAGCCUAUUCCCAUGAUGGACAGAGACAAGAAGGAUGAGGUCCCGCAAGGCCAGCUGGGUUUCUACAACGCCGUGGCCAUCCCCUGCUACACCACCCUCACCCAGAUCUUCCCGCCCACAGAGCCUCUCCUCAAAGCGUGCAGGAAUAACCUCAGCCAGUGGGAGAAGGUGAUCCGAGGGGAGGAGAGCGCAGUGUGGAUCUCAUCCCAGCCAGGGGCCCACGGGCCCUCCGAGAAGCUGCCUGUGAAGAUCGAUGACUGAUGGCGACUCGAUGAGCUGUCCCACCUAAACGUGCUCGUCCUGCUUCUUUGACAUUUCUUCCUUUUAUUUUCGUGGGGGGAAACCUACACCUGGUAACUAGGACGCAAGCCUCUCGAAGAAGGUGACAUCAAGGAAGCACGUUAAGCCGAUGACUCCCCGCCAGUCUCCUCCGUGACGCGUCAGAGACAGUGAUCAACCAGGACCACCCCGUGACCUGAAAUCAGCCGACCAAGGGACUCCGUUUGACUUGUGACCUGGCCUUUCUAACAGGCUCCCGUUGCUGAGGCCUUAGUGGGAAUGGACAAGAAUUAUUCAGAAGGGGGUGCUUUUCCAUUGUAUCUUUCUAGUGAGGGCUUAAAAUGGUACUAUUAUGGUAUUGUACUUUCGCUUUAACACCAAUGUUGCUUUGAUGUUGUUGGUUAUAAAUAGGCAUUUUUACACAUUGCUAUUGUGAAUGUUCGUGUGUGACCUACUCGUAAUUAGCGUGAAUUGUAGCAGACAGCCGCAAGACAGGUGUCAUUGAGGUGACAGUAAGAAGUGUCUUUCUGCAAUCAGUGAUGGAAAAUUAGAUUCUUGUCUCAAAGCCUCAUGAAUUAAAAGUCGGGUGGACCUACAGUGUGUUCUUCAAGUCUAUACUAAAGGGCUUCGAUGGAUAGAAUUAACACUAAAGGAGGUGGACUUUCUGUCCUCUUGAGAAGAGAUGCAGAUAUACUCAGAAUAAAUCUGAGAACGCCGAGCGUCGAUUCAAAAAAUGUCAAAGAAUAGUUUUUAUUUUUUUUCUUCAUUGUAGGCAAAUUUUCUAAACCCUUUGCAUAAAGAGCAAAACAAAAGCAAGGCGUAUGAAUUUUUCUUAACAGACAGGUCUUACGGGAUGUCAAAUGUGAAUUUUAAUAAUGAUUUCUUUAUAUUUUCACUUGGUGUCAUUGCAAAAUUUUAGACUCACAUUCAAAAUGAGAGGUUUAUUCUAUGAAUUAUUUAAUUAAAUUCCAUACAUUUCUCUUAAAAUCAAAUUAAACCAUAAAAUUUAAGUCUUGUGUAAUUUUUACUUUGCUCUGCUGCACCCGUCCCCCGGUUUGCCCCCGUUUCCUAAGCGCUGUGCCCACGAUGGGAAGGAGGAGAGCUCAGUGCGAGCGCAUCGGGGCGCAUUUCUGUUCUCUCCCCUCUGCUCCGGUGUCACGUGUCUGCAUCCAAACCUGUGGUUUGGACAGUCUUCUGUACAAUUUUUGGUAGACUAAUCCUACUCUACAAUGUAAGUGUUUUGAAAACAAUACACAAAAGUCGUGGUCUGGACCCCUUCCUACAAGGAUUACAAGCCAGUCACCUCUGGUGCACAUUAAAGCUGUCGAGAUUCUUAGCAUGAUGGCGAGGUCACCUCCAGAGCUGUGGUUAGUCCUGACCUGAAAGGAUGAGAGAACUAGAGUCUCAAGGAGUGAUCGGCGGAUCCCUAACAAACAGCUUAUCUGCUAAGCACUUGGCAGGAAGCUGGAAUAUUACUUUUGAUAAAAUAAAUUUUUUAAAAUAUUCUUUUACAUAUUCAAUACUGUACACAUUGUUAUUCAUAUGGUUUUUGCAAAAAGAAAUCAGAUGUUCCUACAACAUGAUUUAAGUUGUAGCAGAGUCAGUUAUAUAUAAACAUUGUUCUUCUUUUAAAAGUAACACUAUGUGUUCAGUUUCCCUAUGGGCUUCUGGAAGUUGCCAUCUUCCCUCCCUGGCACUCCAUUUGCUCUUGUAAUUAUACAAUAUGAGGUAAAAUGAAGUCUCUGAAGAGAGAAACACCGCUGUGGCUAGAUAGACACGGAACAAAAGGACGUAUAUAUAAGGAAUAGCGAUGCAGGCACAUCUAUAGAAAGUAAAAAUCGGCUCCGUUCUUCAAAACCUGAUUUUUUGUGUGUUGGAAAAAUGUGAACAGAAAAUGUCCUUUUUCAUGUUAGUGCAUUUAUAGAAUUGAAUUCUAAAAUGUUGCGUGUUUUUCUGCACCCAGAUUUAUGAAACUGGACCCAUCGAAUCAAACCUCAGUCCCAGGAGUUAGUGUAGUCAUGUGAUGGAAUUCCACUGAAUUGCAAGGCGGUGGGGGGGAAAUACCACUGGGGAUUGCUUAAUUAAAAAGAUCUUAAGAAUGCAUGAAUUUUGCUUUUUGAUAUAGACAAAACAGUGCUGAGGGGAGGGAAUCUUAUGGCUAUUUUUGCUUUUUAAGAUUGCUUUUCUAAAAUUACUACAGAAAAUUCUCUUCUUUUGAUAGAGCCAGAUGUCUUAUAUUAUUGACGAUGUACUUUGUACAGUUUUCCAAAGAAACAUACAUGGGUUUAUUGGUUGGUCGAUUUCUCUUAAAAUAUUGUCAUAAAGCAAAGUUUGAACAAAGGAAGGACUGUAUUCUCCUGUAAACUGUUCAUAUUCUUAAGAUCUACUUAGGAAUCAUACAUUUACCUAAAAUGGGCCCAAGAUGCAGUGAUAUUUAGUCAAUAAUCUGCUUUGGGAAAAAAUGCAGUUAGGAGUAUUUUUAUCUUGGGACAGAUAUACUUAGCAGACAAACUUUUGAGUUCUGUUCUCAUCUUUCUCCCAGAUCUUUUCUUGAAAGGGCAGAUGGUUUUUAUUACCGAAAGUGUUGACGAGUUUCUCAUUAUGACGGUAUUUUACGUUGAGCCAAGAUUUCCCUGUUUGGUAUGAAUUUGGUAGCCAGCUGUGAGUAUAUGUAGGCUGUUCAGUUUGUGGAAGUUUUUACUGGUUGUGCUGAUUUAUAAUGGACACAGUGUUAUUGUCAAAUGCAGUUAUUCCAUUAUCUUCCCAGAGAUAGUGAAUAUAUUUUUUAACUAGAAAUUUUCUUGGAAAUGCAUGCCAAUAACAUGAAAUACUGAACUUAGGCAGCAGAAUAAAACUCUAAAAAUUGCAAGCAUCUUAUUAAUACUUGACUUUGAUUUAAUUAAUUAGGAAAACAAAUAAGAUGGAUGUGGAAAGUAAUUCUCGAAACGGCCCUUUCCCUGGGGCAGGGUUGAGAGCCACUUCCCGGCUCUCCUGAUGUCUGCGGGGCUUGUGAGACACCGGUCACUGGAGGGAGACCGGGCGGAGUUACCUAGCAGGGCCACGCUCACACUGGGCUCCUCCCGCCGUGGGAAGGCAUCUGUGCAGAUGAUACGGUGCCACCGGAGGUGACUUGUUCUCACAGCGACACAAACAGAACUUCUUUGAAACUGGGUCUGUUCAGUGUAGGUUUCCUCUUCUUAGCAUGCAUUUUAGGUAGCUUGAGACUUUUUUAAUUUUGUACAGUCAAUCUCAGUGACUUUGCUUUAUCGGUAUGUUCGGGCACACUAGAUAUCUUUGUACAGGAUACACAUAGAUGCAUAAAUCCUUAGCUACUGGAUUUUUUAAUAGAUUUGGUUUGAAUAUUAUGUUUCUGGUCUUAACUCAAAAUUAAGGUUUGAGCUUUAAUAGGACUAAAUUAUUCACCAUGCCUUGGCCUGUGCCUUUAUUUUAAAUACUGUAAUUUUAGUUCUUUGUUCAUAUAUUUAUUAUUUUGCCUUUCUUGCUUAACUAGAAUUAAAAACAUUUAAAGGGAUAUAUCCAUGGUUAAUUGGAUCAAAUUGAAUGGAUAGGACCAUUCUCUCCUCAUCACACUUCUAUCCUUUAUUUGAUGUCAUUCGCACACACCCUUAUGACUAUAGCCAGCGAGCUGUUCAGAUGCGGUCUUUUCUGCAAGAACUUCCAAGAACUGUGACACAGUUAUGGUGGGUGUGACCUUGUUGGGUUUCAGGUACAUAUGCAUGAUUUAGAUUUUGAAAAUUGCUUCUAACCUUUAUCUAUUUCAGACAUGUGUUUGCUUUCUACACUUCGCUGAUUUUAUUUAGGGUUUAAUUCUUUAAAGACUCAUUUAGUUACAUUAAUGUAUCCCUUUUAUUGCCUGACUUUAAAAUCUCUAUAAAAUGUAUAUUAGCCAAGUAUGCUGUCAGUUCCUGUCCCCCCCUCCCCGUCCCCUGCUUGUCGCCAGUGCAUGGCUGUUCUAUUUCACCUUUGCACAGGUAUCUACCCUGAUACACAUUCUGCCCAUUUCUUUCAGCACUUAAUCUUAAGUUCAAGUUAGUGAUUCCCAAUGCAGUACUCUACCCUUUCUGGUUUUUGUCUUUUUCUGUACUGGAUGUUUUGGUUGUCUGAAGCACUAGAUGCAUUUCUGUGAUGGUAAAAAUAGCAAAAAAGAAAGAAGUUUCAGUGGCGGUCUGGUCCUAAAUGAAAAGGGUGGGAUGAAGAGAAAGACAUUAAUGUUUCCCAAGACACAAUAUUUCAAAUUCAAAGAAGCAUUACUAUCUUCUCUCACCUGCUAAGCUUUCCCCCCUCCGACCCCACAGUGGACAGCAAUGCUGUUUACCUCAUGCAUAGUUGGACCUCGCUUCACAGCAAGUGUGAGCGAUCGGUAACUGAAUGCGUGCAGACCUGGGUGUGCCUCUGCUGGGUGUGGGUCGGUGUCAUCCGAGGACCUAGCCUGCAAGUUAAGAGCUGAAUCCAUGUGACAAGUCAGUCUACACAUGUCUGGUGUCAGUGAUAAUCUUGAGAUACUGUGUAUUUACAGACACGUAAAUGGAAAGUUUCUAACCCUUCUGCAAGUGGAAGUUGCAAAGUGUAUCAUCUGGUCGUCCAGCUCACCUGGAAUAUUGUUAGGCUGUGGGUGUUGCAACCUUUGUUUUCCUUUAGCCACUUGAGUCAUACCCAGUCCUGGCCAUCUCGCCAACAGAGAUGUAACGUAAAUGCCGAAGGGGAGUAUUAUUUCCCACUCGAUCUGUUGUGUGGUGUAUGUUCCACGCACACUGUUGGUGCGCACGUUGAAAGUUCAACAGAUUGAUCUGGAGAAAGUGUUUCUAUACAAUGCCCCGACCUAUUUGCCAGACCCAACCCAGUGACCCACGUGAAAUAAUGUGCUUGCCCAAACACUGUGAAAGUUACCGAAAUUUAUAGGUAUGCAGCAUCUUGAAUCUUUCUGGAAAGAAAAGGUGGCUUUCUUUACAAGUCCAUAGGAACAAAAAAGAUCCUGCAUCCCUACCUAGUUAAGGUAGCCACGAGUUCGCCAGCUGUGGUCUUGCUGACCCCAGACUGCUAGGGCAUGAGAUGGGUUAUAAGCUGUCCAAAAUACAAUGCUAGCUUAAUAGACCGAUUUGUAAAGUUGAUGGAUCUGUAUCCAAAGUUUUAGUGGGCUCUCUUUUGGAAGGAGAAGGAAUUUCCAAGUUAAUAAUACCCGACUUCUUUAUAGUUGAUGAGUUAGCAAACUUAAAACAAUUAUUUUAUAUGUAUGACAUAUAAAAAUCUUUGUAAAAUGCACAAGUGCAAUAAUUUAAAGAGGUCUUAACUUUGCAUUUAUAAAUUAUAAAUAUUGUACAUGUGUGUAAUUUUUCAUGUAUUCAUUUGCAGUCUUUGUAUUUAAAAGAAACCUUUACCGUUAUGUUUGUAUAAUAGAACAGUAAUGAUUUAUUAUAACCGAGGCAAGUUGUAAAUAAAUUCAUAAUUCAGACUGCCAGUAUAUAUGCAUAUAUGGGUGUUACGCUGCGAACUCUAGCUUUGUUUUACUUAGAUGCUUAGGGCAUCAAGGAAUUUGUUGUUGAUAUGUAACUAUACAUACAAAGUAUAUAUAUAUGUAUGAUACAUGAAAUAUAUGUAGAGAUGUUCAUAAUUUUCAUGGAUAUCCUUUGGUGUGAAUAAUUGAAUACAGAGUUUUUAAAAUAUCAUUUUUCACGUUUAUCAUUUGCUCUCGUUUGCGGGGAAGAUGAGAGAUGUUUUGUCUGUAGAGGAGGCGGUCGGCGGCUCCAUCCAAGUGUGUGCACACACUCCAGGCCUCAUCUGCGUUGAAGACCCCGCGUUCACGGUGGCGCCAUGUGGUAUGUCUGCGUCAGCCACUUCCUAGCAGAAGGAUGAGACGACCUGAGAUGUUAAAUUGUGUAACAUGAAUUAUUAACUCCAUUGUCUAAUUUUAAAGGUUUGAAGACUAUUUGGGAGAAACUGGUCUUUUAGAACGAGUGCUUCAGAUUCCGAAGCUGGUGGUCCGGAGUGCUGACUCUAAGACUCCUGAAAUAGCUCCCGUGGCCUCCAGGGGCCGCGGAACCAUCCAGAUUCACCCGGCCAAGAGCAGGAAGGACUCCCGUUGUAUGCAUGCUUACGUGUCUAAGUGUUGGGAUUCUCUCUGUUGCAGUAAAGAAAACGUUCUGGGUUAAACCUCACAUCAUCUGUGUACCGUGAUAAGUAUACUCAUGGCUUUAUCUUGACAACUCAGCUUAAAGAAACGGUGUUUAUUUUGCUAUCCCUACUUACCACUAGGUGGGCAGGCAAAUGAUAAAUAUUUAAGACCAAAAAGUUAGAAGUUCAUUUGUAUCCACAGAUCUUCCUUCACCAAAAAAGUCUUAGAACUAAAUUUGGGAGUAAGCAAAAUAAAUGUUUCCUGAAAUAAAGACCUGUUACAUUAUUAAAUAUGAGAGUCCACAGCCUUGUUCAUUAGACAAAAGUGUAGUCAGCCCCUAAAAUGUAAUUCUGCACCACCAACUCUCACUAAUGGAACGCCCUCGAACUGCAUAGCACUGUAUAUGUUAGAGACAGGAUUUUUGUUAAAAUAUUCAUUUCCUGUGAAACCGAAUAAAAU